GCAGGCGAGGGUUCAGCAUCAGGCAGACAGUCAGGCAGGCAGUCAGACAGGCAAGGACUCGAUGAUAGGCGGGUAGUCAGGCAGGCAGGGGUUUGGCAACAGGUAGGCAGAGUGACGGACGGAGAACAAGGGAAGAGGGGAGAGGGUUAUCAAGAGAACGGGAACACUGAACUGGGUCUAGAGAAUGCUGGUAGGACCAAUACGAACUGGGUAGUUGUAAACGACGAACUGGCGCCGGCUGGAUGGAGAUCCCCGGCUGAAGUAGGAAGUGGAGAUUGAUGAUUGAAGACAGGUGUGACGGAAGAAUGAGGUACAGUGGCGUCAAGUGGCCACUAGAUGGGAGUGUUGGACCGCGGCGCGUAGCAGGACGCGGCGUGACACAGGGUUAACUCAAUAUUAAAUCACAAAACAUACUAGCACACAUACCCUGGGCAUAUAGGGAGCGGGUUGUUUUUGUGAAGACUGUAAAGAAAAAUACAACCCUCAGAAAUAGUCAAGACAUGUCAAUUGUUUUUGUAUAGGUCUUAAUCCCAGAUACAGUGUUUUGUUAAAUAUUGCGUUUCUUACUUUUUAAAACAUAUCAACAUAUUUGAAUUACAGCGCAUGAAUGCACCCAAAGCCAGAGUGUGAAAGUUGAAACGACAGUGAACCGUGUGUCCGUGGGGGCGGAGCCAUGUGUUAGGGGAGGAGCCAGUUGUUAGGGGAGGAGAGGAGGGGACGUCUUGUUCAAGAAACGAAACUUAAGGAUCAUAGAAACCAAAGGCAUCCAACGUAGAAGCAGUUCUCUCUUUCAGGAGGAAAGAAGCAUUUUGGAAAACAUCGUCUGACACAGAAACCACAACAAGGAUGGCCUCUGCUAACACUUCCUGGUCUGAAGAGAACUUUUCCUGUCCCAUCUGUCUGGAUGUGUUCAGCAGCCCAGUUUCCACACCGUGUGGACACAACUUCUGCAGAACCUGCAUUAAUAGAUUCUGGGAUGAAAAAGUCCAGUGCAAAUGUCCUAUUUGUAACAAGAUGUUCGACACUAGACCUGAUCCACAGGUCAAUAUCCUUGUAUCAGAGAUGGCUGAUCAGUUUAGAGCGACCGUACGAGUAAAGGAGCAGCCUUGUGUUGAACCAGGAGAAGUUCCCUGUGACGUCUGCACUGGGACCCAGCUGAAGGCUGUGAAGUCCUGCCUAGUGUGUUUUAUGUCUUACUGCCAAACCCACCUGGAGCCACAUCAGAGAGUCACAGUCCUGAAGAAACAUCGGCUGGUCGAGCCUAUGGACCGUCUGGAAGACCGGAUGUGUAAGAAACACGACCGACUUCUGGAGCUCUUCUGCCAGACUGAACAGGAGUGUGUGUGUCAGUACUGCACAGAGGCAGACCACAAGUCCCAUCCUGUUGUACCUCUAAAGGAGGAAUAUGAAGUGAAGACGGCCCUGCUGGGGAAGAUAGAGGCUGAAGUUCAGCUGAUGAUCCAGGAGAGAAAACUAAAGAUUAAGGAGAUAAAAGACACAGUUGAAUAUAGCAAGAAAGACGCAGACAGAGUGAUAGCCGAUGGUGGGCAGGUCUUCACUGCUUUGAUGCGUCGCGUUAAAAAGUGCAGAGAUGAUUUCAACCAAAAAGUUAAAAAGAGACUGAAAACCACAGAGAAACAAGCUGAAGACCUCAUCAAAGAGCUGGAGCGGGAAAGAGAAGAUCUGACCAAUAGAAGCUCAGAGGUGAAGCGGCUCUCACACACUAAAGACCAGCUCCACUUCCUCCAGGCCUUCAGAUCCCUGAAGGAUCCUCCACCCCCCAGGGACUGGACCACGGUGGAGGUCUGUCCUCCGUCAUACGCAGGGACCUUGAUGAGAUCCCUGGUUCAGCUGGAGGAGACACUGAACAUGGAGAUGAAGAAGCUGCGUGAAGCUGCUGAACUGAAGAGGGUCCAGCAGUAUGAAGUGGAUGUGACUCUGGAUCCUGAUACAGCAAAUCCCAUACUCAUCCUAUCUGAGGAUGGGAAACAAGUACAUGAUGGUGGUGUAGUGAAGAAACUCCCAGACAACCCUAAGAGAUUUACAGGGUAUACAUGUGUUCUCACGAGGCAGAGCUUCUCCUCAGGGAGAUUUUACUUUGAGGUCCAGGUUAAAGACAAGACUGCAUGGUGGUUAGGAGUGGCCAGAGAGUCCAUAGAGAGAAAAGGUUGGACAGGGUUAAGCCCUGAGAACGGUUACUGGACUCUUUACUACAACAAGGAUAAGUUGGUAUUUAGAGAUAACCCUGCUGUCGAUCUCCCUCUGAGAGCUGAGCUCCAGAAGGUGGGGUUGUUUGUUGAUUAUGAUGAGGGUCUGCUCUCCUUCUAUGAUGUGGAAGCCAGGGUUCAUAUCUACUCUGCUACUGGCUGCACCUUCACUGAGCCUCUCUAUCCACUCCUCUGUCCAUGGUAUCAAGGAGUUACAAACUCUGCCCCCCUGAUCAUCUCACCUGUCAAUCAAACAGACUAGGCCUUUUGUUUGAUAACAAAAUAAACAAACAACCAAAAUAACUAAUGUUUCCUGAAUGGGAAUCGUACUAUUCACUGUUAAUUAACAACAUUGUGUAACAAAAUGCAACUUACACUGUGU